GCUUGUAGUCAGAAGUGUUAGCAGCAAUAGCACUUAGCAGCAGCAGCAGGUAUGCCACAUCGGAAAGGUGAGCCUGUGAAUUGUUUCGUGGAAGUCAUGGAUUUCUCUUAAUUUUCCUAAUAAGCUAACGACCACAUUAACAGAAAAAAUGUCUAGGAGCCAGCUCUAUGGUCUACAGUCAGCCACUAUGGUGCAGCCUUCUAAUGGAGGUCAUACGUACCUGUUCACAAACAGCUGCUCAGAGAACGACUUGUCGGAGGAGGAUGGUGAGAGCUAUGAGCUGCGGCCCCGAGGUCGAGAGCGAUUGCGUAGAAGCACUUCUCGAGAAAAGAUGGAUGAUAUUGUGUAUCUGGUUAGAGACAUUCAGGAGGGAGAUACACUCAAUAGUAUUGCUCUCCAAUACCAUUGCACGGUUGCUGAUAUUAAACGUGCUAACAACCUUUUGAAAGAACAAGACUUUUUUGCUCUUCGUUCAAUCAAAAUUCCAGUGAAGCGUUUUAGCAUCCUUACUGAGACUCACAUGAGUACACCAGCCCCAUCUUCCACACCUCCUGGUGCCAGGCACCAGCCGCAGAUCUCUGCUUCAACUGCCCUUCCUCUGGAGUCCUCCACAGACUCGUCCUCCUCUGCUGACAGCGUAGAGGGAUUUCUUCUGGAGAAGGAUAAAGACAUAGAGCGGCUGGUGAAGUCCACUAAUCCUUCACGGAGCAGCCUUAACCAGGUUGUGUCUUCUUUAUCUCUUCACCAACAACAGCCUCUGCUGGCAGAAGUGGAGUAUAAGCCAGUGCAAAGAAAGGAUCCAUAUUAUGGGGCAGAUUGGGGCAUGAGAUGGUGGACAGCUGUUGCCAUCAUGUUGUUUGUUGGCAUUGUUACUCCUGUGUUUUAUUUGCUGUAUUAUGAGGUUCUUGUGAAAGCGGAUGUAAGCCAUCAUGGUAAUCCAACACAAACUAAUGAUGAUAUGCAUCUAGGACAAUUCAAUGGCAAAGUUUUGGACGUUAACUUAGACAGUCUUAAUCAAGAUGCAGUGGCUGGUCCAGGGCACCCUGACAGAAAUGUUGAUGAACGAAAGAGACCAGCACAUCACACCACACACAAAGACAGUGAUGCUAACAACUUAAAUACAUAACAUGGGCAGUCACAUAGUAUGUGCGUUCUAUAGUUUUAUAGCAUUUGAAAUGGACUUAAGAACUAGAAUUUAUUGUCCUGCGGUAAAAAAUGUUUUGGCCAUUUGGUGCCAUUAGGACCUGUCUGCAGUGACUAUAAGGAAUAGUUUUGAUUCUAGGGCCAAGGGUGGGAAAAUUUUACAUUUUGCCUUUUUCAACGAUUUCACUUACUUGAGCAGGAAUUAUUUUUAUGAUAAAAAAUGUUGUGUUUAAUUGCAUCCUAUAUCUGCUUAUACUUUUUCUAAUGCCAAGUCUGACUGCAAGACUGCAUUACUUUUGUCUGUUUUUUUUUUUUUUACGUUUUAUUUUGAUUAGAUGAGUUUUGUACAGUAUGUGUGGACCAAUUUGCUCUAUACUUUAUAGAAAGAUAAAAUAUUUAAAUUAGAAUUAAUUUAUUACAGUUAUUGAGAGAUUAAUUCCAUUUCAUCUAACACUAUCAGUAUUCAGUGAUAUAAUAUUAGCAUGGGCCCAGUUUCUUCUGCUUAAGGAAAUGUGGAUUAUCUUUUAACCUGGAAGCGUAGGAAAUUGGCAUGCAUACAGUAUUUCAUUUUUGUUGUAAUUUUGAAUUUCCAGGUUUGUUUGAAUUACUUUAUUUUAUCAAUGCUCAAAGUUAAUAUUUUAUUAAAUAAUACAUGUUGA